AUGAACAAGGCCGAACAGCGAAUCCCGGUCAGCGAUCUCGGGUUGAUGGCAUACCUCACAGUCCCAGCCGUGCUGGUGUUCGACGGUCUCAUCGACGAUACGAGGCUAGUCAGAGCUAUAGAGCUGCUCACUGGCGUAUGGCCCACGUUGGCCGGUCGUUAUAAGAGCGUUGGUGAAGGUGACAAGACCAAGUUCAGCAUCGAGCUGACAAACUCCCCUAUCCCAUUCGAGACCCAAACAUUAGAGCGUGACCGUGCUUUUCCCGACGACUAUGUCCUUCAACCCACACUUGAUCCCUACCUACCACCCAUGGGUUCGAACAUCCGCUAUCCCAACACCGAUAAUUAUCUCUUCGCCGUCCGCCUCACCACCCUCGUGCCUGCUAACAAGUCCGUCCUCGGUAUACAGCUUUGCCAUCUGGCAACGGACGCGACCGUGGGCAGGAAUCUACUCAAGCUCUUCGACGCCUUGUACACCCUCGGCGAAGCUGCUCUUGACAGUUCCGAUCCAAAGGUCAUGAUGCCGACGUUCUUCCCCGUCAGCGGUGUGGAGCCUUUGCCAGCGAGUGACCAUAAUUUGACCGACGACGAGGUCUUUGGUUUCCCGAGCAAGCCCUUCCGGAAAUCGAUCCAGAGCUACGUCGCAGACGCCACGACCUCGUCCAGGGUUGCGUUGCGGUUCACCAAGUCCGAGCUGCAAGCUCUCAGAGACCAGUAUCAACUUGACUUUGCAGUAAAGCUCUCGACCCAGGAUGCUCUUUCUGCUUGGUGGGUGUCCCUGCUCAACAAUGUGGGCGUGAACGUAGAGACCCUUGUUUAUCUCCUUGAACCAACAGUUCCGCAAAUGGUGCAUCGGCCAUCCCUCCUUCCCUCCCAACCUUCCCUCCCAACCUUCCCUCCCAACCUUCCCUCCCAACCUUUCCUCCCAACCUUCCCUCCCAACCUUCCCUCAUUGGCCGCCGUCGUCUUGUCAGUAACUCCUAUCGAUAUCUCCGCCGUCAAAACCCCGGGUCGUGUCGCCCAAGCGAUCCGCGAGCACAUCACCAAACUCCGCUCUUCUGAGAACGACGAAGCUCUCCACUGGAUCUCGCGCACUUCUCGCCACUUGUAUGAGUUGGCAAUCCAGGAUCGUGAUAUGGUAUUUCCGGGAGAUGAGGAGAAUCAGACUACGAAGUUUUCCAUUGUCAACUCCAACAUCCGUAUCGACUGGUUCUUUUCCUUUGGCUUUAAAGAGCAUCAGGUUUCGUAUCAUAUCGAGCCUACUCUUUCUCGUUUUCUCCGAGUUUUUCGAGCCAAUUUCCAAGAAGGGGACGAGAAGGGCGACAAGGUUGAGGUAUACUUCAACGUGCCGAACGAGCAAGCCGAGAAGGCGAGAGAGAUCGUCGAAUGUGAUAGGGCAAAGUGGGCGGCUGCUCAACCUGCAUGAUCUCGUCGUGUUAGUGGUAUAGAUCAGAGAUGGUGUUCAAUGCAAUGACUUGUUCUGCA